UUUUUUUUUUUACAAUUCGUGUGUGGCAGAUUUAGGAUUUAGAUAGAGAAAGAGAAAGAGAAAGAAAAAGAAAAAGAGACAGCGGCAGAAAACAAUUUCAUACAUCAAAUGUUUGACAGAUUUAUUCCAUUCCAUUAUAAUUAAAUUUGAAUAUUUAAAAUAAUAAAUAACGUGCAAUUAAACACAACUAUUACUGUUUAAAUAUUAUGGUAAACGAUAGUUAGUUGUAGUGUUGAUUUUGUUUAAGGAAGUAAAUAAUAUAUUUUAUUUUUUUUCCUGUUAAUGUGAUAAGAUUUUUUUAACGUGAUUGUGUUUAUUAUAUAUCUUAUAUAUUAUAAAAAUACUUGAAUGAUUAUCAGUACGCCAUGCCGGUGACGCCCUUGCUGAACUAAAUUAUUUAUUAGUCAUCUUCCAGGAUAUUUUAAAUACAAGAGUGUUUUUAAUUGUAAUUAACAAUACUUAAUCAUUGUUGAGUGUUUAUUAUUUUUUUGAGAUGGAUAAUAAAGGACGGAAGGUUAUUGUUUGUGACAAUGGAACUGGGUUUGUUAAAUGCGGAUAUGCUGGCGCCAACUUCCCUGCUUUUAUAUUCCCAUCGCUUGUUGGACGUCCAAUUAUUAGAGCAGUAAAUAAAAUUGGAGAUAUCGAUGUUAAGCAAGAUCUUUGCGUUCGUGACGCGUAUAACUUGCCUGAUUUGAUGGUCGGCGAUGAAGCUAGUAAACUACGCUCGUUGCUGGAAAUUAGUUAUCCUAUGCAAAAUGGAAUUGUUAGAAAUUGGGAAGACAUGUGCCAUGUAUGGGAUUAUACAUUUGGACCUGAAAAAAUGAACAUUGAUCCACAUGAGUGUAAAAUAAUGCUGACUGAACCUCCGAUGAAUCCAACAACAAACCGAGAAAAAAUGAUUGAGGUAAUGUUUGAGAAAUAUGGAUUCGCAGCGACGUACAUUGCAGUACAAGCCGUACUAACACUUUAUGCACAAGGAUUGAUAAGUGGAGUUGUAGUUGAUUCUGGUGAUGGUGUAACUCAUAUUUGUGCUGUUUACCACGAAUGUGCACCGUGUCAUUUAAUUAGAAGACUGGAUGUUGCUGGCCGGGACAUAACAAUGUAUCUUAUUAAGUUAUUACUAUUACGUGGUUAUGCAUUUAAUCAUUCAGCUGAUUUUGAAACUGUCAGAAUGAUGAAAGAAAAAUUAUGUUAUAUCGGGUAUAAUAUUGAGACAGAAGAAAAGUUAGCUGUUGAAACUACUGUCCUUGUUGAGUCUUACACUUUACCCGAUGGACGUGUAAUUAAAGUAGGCGGUGAAAGAUUCGCAGCACCUGAAGCACUAUUCCAACCGCAUUUAAUAAACGUCGAAGCACCAGGUAUUGCCGAGCUAGUAUUCAAUACAAUUCAAUCGGCAGCUAUUGAUAUAAGGAGUGAAUUAUAUAAACAUAUAGUAUUGAGCGGUGGCAGUACAAUGUAUCCAGGAUUACCAUCAAGAUUGGAACGUGAGAUAAAACAACUUUAUCUUCAACGAGUGUUGAAAAAUGAUGCGUCGAAAUUAGGGAAAUUUAAAAUAAAAAUAGAAGAUCCGCCUCGGCGCAAGGACAUGGUAUUUAUGGGCGGUGCUGUACUAGCGGAAUUAACUAAAAAUCGUGAUUCAUUUUGGAUUACUAAGGAAGAGUACGAAGAAAGGGGACUCAAGGUGUUGGAUAAAUUAACGACUUAUGAUAAGUGAAGUUAAAUAAUAAAAAAACUUGAUAAAUAAACAACAAGAUAAAAAAAAAUAAAAUUAAAAUGAACUCUUUGUCUAAAUAAAUAAUUAAUAAAAUAAGUAAAGAAGACAAUUAAUUGUAGGAUUGAUUAAUUAAAUAACAGAGAAGACAUUUGUGAAGAUAGAUAAAACUUAAUGUGCUGAGAGCACUUUAUGUACAUAUAAUAAUAAUUAUAUGAUAUGAAGAACGAAUUACGUAUGUAAGAUUAUAAAAAAAAAAAUUCCAAUCAACUUUUUUUAACGAUUAUUAAUUAUAAUCGUGCCAAUUUAAAUACUAAGCUCAAAUAAUUUCAGUUUAAUUAACUUUUAUUUUUACUUUUAUUAAAUCAUUUUUUUUCUAAUUAAAUUGUUGUAAUGAUUUUUUACGUUUUUAAUUAUUAAUUGUACUAGAAAUGUAAGUAAAAAAAAAUUAACCAAAUAACGAUAACUUUUGAUUAUUAAAAAUGCUGGAGAAAAUAAAAUAGAAUUUAAAUUUAAAUAUUUAAUUGAUUAACUAAUUAAUUAAUAAUUAAAAAAAUACAAAUUAUCAGUUAUUAUCCUUUGCAUAAAUCUACAACAGUCUUUAUUGAGUUUCAUUCGUUUCAUUACUAUACAUUAUUCUCUUUCCUUAUUUUCUGUAUAAAUAAAAAUAACAAUAUAGGGUAGAGGUACCGUUUUUGGUCACCUUAGGGCCAGUUUUGGACACGUAAAAAAUUUAAAUAAAUUAAUUCGUAAGACACAUUAAGAUAAUUUAUUUUUUAAAUGUCUUUAGAAAUACUUUUGUCCGACUAUGAAAAUGGAAAUUUUAUUUUUCUCUUUUUCAUUAAUUAAUAUAAAGCAUUAAAUGUCCAAAAAUGGACCAGUGGCUACAAAUGGUACCUCUACCCUAUUUUUUUUUAAUAUCAUUGUUAUACAGAUUCGCAUAUAAUUAGCAGAGUGUAACAAUGAAUAAGUAAAAUGUGUAUGUGUUAUUUAGAGUUUCCCACUUAUUAUAUAUAU